AUGAAAAAAAUAGUACAUACUAAUCAUCUGAUGAGAGAAAAUGGAAAAUAUAUAAAAAGAGCAUUUCAUCUAAGUAGUCUUGCAUGCAGUCAUAACUUUAACCCGAGCAUGGCCUCAUACAUAGAGGGGACCUACAGGAUAUGGAAAAAGGACAAAAACUCUGUUCACAAGUCAUGGGAUGAAUAUUUUGCAAAUAUCUAUGAGGAUGUGCCUUCCCCAUUUUCCAAUCAGGUGAGGAUAGUAAGUAGACAAGAAGAAAAGAGUAACGUAUGUAUAGGGGAGUUAUCUAAGAACAGUAAGUUACGAAUAACUUAUGUAAACAAGGAAAUGCUAGAAAAGGGGAAAACUCAGAAUAUAUACGAUUUGGCACGUGUAGUUCAACUUAUAAGGUGGUAUCAGAAGAAAGGGCAUUUGUAUGCAAAUAUAAAUCCAUUGCCAUUACCGAACAUGCCCCCAUACUCAAGUGUAAUAUAUGAAAAGGAUAAAAAAAAGAUGUCUUUUGAAGAUUUUGGUUUUACUAAUGAUGAUUUAGAUAAAGAAUUUUCAUUUGAUCUGCCAUCCAUAACAGGCUUUUUAACAAAAGAGAAGAAAACAAAAUAUACGUUAAGGAGCUUAAUAAAUAGAUUAGAAGAAACAUAUUGUGGAACUAUUGGAUUUGAAUAUAUGCAUAUAACAGAUGAGAAUGUAGUAAAUUACAUUGUGAGAAGAAUUGAAAAUGAUAAGAAAUAUCAAUAUAAUAAAAAUAUGAAAAAAAAAAUUUUGGAAGAUACAGCAAGAGCAUUUAUUUUUGAAAAUUAUAUGGCUGCAAAAUUUGCUACAACGAAAAGAUUUGGAGUAGAUGGAUGUGAAACAUUAAUAACUGGGAUGAAAGCAUUAAUAAAGCGAGCAGCAGUGUUACAUGUAGAUAGUGUAUUAAUGAGUAUGUCACAUAGGGGUAGACUCAAUGUAUUAUUUAAUGUAUUACACAAACCAUUAGAACAAAUGAUGUCAGAAUUUCGUGGAAAGACUGGGUUUAGUGAUAACAUAUGGGGUAAUACAGGUGAUGUGAAAUAUCAUCUAGGUGUAGAAAUAGAUUAUUUUGAUGAAGAAUCUAAAAGAUAUAUUCACAUGGGAAUUGUAGAUAAUUCAUCUCAUCUAGAAUCAGUAGAUCCUAUACUUAUGGGUCAAGCAAGAGCACAACAAUAUUAUUGUAAUGAUAAAGAAAAGAAGAAAGUAUUACCUAUUACUAUUCAUGGAGAUGCAUCUAUUGCUGGGCAAGGAAUUGCUUAUGAAACAUUUCAAAUGUCAAAACUUCCAAGUUAUAAUGUAGGUGGAACCAUACAUAUUGUUGUUAAUAAUCAAAUAGGGUUUACCACUUACCCGGUAGAUGCAAGAUCGGGUAAAUAUUGCACCGAUAUUGCAAAGUGUAUAGAUGUUCCUAUAAUACAUGUAAAUGCAGAUGAUCCAGAAGCAGUGACUUACGUAUUCGAAUUAUCACUAGAUAUUAGAAAUAAAUUUAACAUAGACACUAUUAUAGAUUUAGUAGGGUAUAGAAGAUUUGGUCAUAAUGAAUUGGAUAUGCCCAAAUUUACAAAUCCAUUAUUAUAUGAUAUAAUAGCCAGACAUAAAUCGGUGUUAGAUCUAUACAGUAAAAAACUUAUUGAUGAAAAAGUAAUUACUUUAGAAGAAUUUGAACAAAAUAAAAGAAAUAUAUAUAAUUUAUAUGAAAAAGUAUAUGAACAGUCUAAAUCGUUUGUGCCAACACCAAAGGAGAGAUACCUUCCACAAUGGGAGCAUAUGGUUACACCACAAAAAUUUUCCCCCUCUAGAAAAACAGGAGUAGAAAAAGAUGUAUUAAUAAAUAUAGGAAAACAAAUAUUUACCUUACGAGAAGAUUUUCAUGCUCAUCCUAUCAUAACAAAAUUAUUUAAAAGUCGUAUUGAUAGUUUAGAAACAGGGAAAAAUAUUGAUUUUGGAACAGCCGAGUUACUUGCUUAUGCUACAUUACUAUCAGAUGGUUUUCAUGCUCGUUUAUCAGGUCAAGAUUCACAAAGGGGUACCUUUUCACACCGACAUGCAGUAGUACAUGACCAAGUAACAUACAAAUCGUAUAAUAUCUUUGAUUCGUUGAAAACACCUCAUACAAUUGAAGUAAAUAAUUCUUUAUUGUCUGAAUAUGCAUGUUUGGGGUAUGAGAUAGGGUAUAGUUAUGAACACCCAGAUGCAUUAGUUAUAUGGGAGGCACAAUUUGGAGAUUUUGCUAAUGGAGCACAAGUAAUGAUAGACAACUACAUAGCUUCAGGGGAAACCAAAUGGAAUAAACAAUCAGGUAUAGUAAUGUUAUUACCACAUGGAUAUGAUGGACAAGGACCUGAACAUUCAUCUGCUCGUAUUGAACGUUUUUUACAGUUAUGUGAUGAUAGAGAAGAUAUUGCUACUUACUCUGUAGAAAAAGAUAAGAAGAUAAUACAACAACAUAAUAUGCAAAUAAUUAACUGUACGAAACCAUCAAAUUUUUUUCAUGCUUUGAGAAGACAAAUGCAUAGAUCAUUUAGAAAACCAUUAAUAGCUAUUACACCUAAGAAAAUGCUUAAAAUGAGAAUGGCUUUUGAUAAUAUAGAAAAUUUUUUAACAUCAACCGAAUUUUUACCUUAUUUACCUGAACAGUUCAGUCAUAAAUUGUAUCAAAAGGAUAAAAUUAAAAGAAUAAUAUUGUGUUCAGGACAAGUAUAUUAUGAUUUACUAAAUUACAGAGAGACUAAUAAAAUUCAGAGUGUUGCUAUAGCCAGAAUUGAACAGUUAUCACCAUUUCCUUUUAAAAGAUUUAUGAACGACUUACAGACGUACCCAAACUUACGAGAUGUUAUAUGGGUCCAAGAAGAACACAUGAAUAUGGGUCCAUGGUUCUAUGUUUCUCGUCGUAUAGAAGCAGCUAUUAAACAGCUUAAGAAGGACAAUCCUGGAUGGGGUAUACAAAUACCAGAUGUGUACUACUCAGGUAGGGAUGUUUAUGCUGCUCAAUCCGCGGGAGAUCUCAACUUGCACCUCUACCAACUAGACGAGUUUCUCGUUGACUCUUUCGACCUCAACAAGACUCACCACAUGCAUGCACACAAGUACACGGUUGCGCUGUGA